UCCUCUUUCGGCUGUGACAAGUGGUGGCCACCAACGUGGAGAGCGGAAGCCGUUCUGUUCCUCUUCGAACGAAUUACGUUGAGGCCAGAGCCUGCGCGUGCGGCGGCAGUUUAAGCUCCGACCUUCUGCUUCCCACGAGAGAACGGGAGCGGCGGGGACCAGGCGAACGUAAGGAGCACGCGAGGCUGCUGGGUGGCGCCGAGUUCUCGCCGCCCUUUCUCUUCUCCCCGCAACUGUCCUUAGGCAGAGGCGACUGGUCAGUCUGUCAGUCAUAACCGGUUUGAACCGGAGUGCGAGGAGCUACCGCCGCCACCGCCAUGGCUGAAACCGAGGAGAGGAGCUUAGACGACUUUUUCGCGAAACGAGACAAAAAGAAACGAAAAGAGAAAAGUAGCCGGGGAAGUGCCACUGCCGCGCCUUCCACGACUGCCUCUUCCAAUGCCACUGCCGCGGGUGUGACUGGGGGAAGUCGGCAAGCAGAAGGCGCCCAUGGAGCCGCCUCUAAUGCUAACGCGGCCACCGGCGCUGCUAAGGCAGCAAACAAGGAAGAGGAUGACUGGAAAGAAUUUGAGCAGGAAGAAAUAAUUGACUACAGUGGCCUCAGAGUUCAGUCCAUGCAAAUUAGUGAAAGAGAUGAAGAAGAAAGUGAGAAAAAAGAAGAACCAAGGGAUAAUAGUGAGGAACCAGGUGGAAGUUUGGAGAAAUCAUCUGGUCCUUGGAAUAGAUCUGCUCCUACACAAAUACCUGUUGCUGAAAUUAUUGAAAAUCCAGAGCCAGUGCAAUCCAGUGGAGUAUAUAGGCCACCUGGUGCAAGAGAAGGCAGGACACGAAAAGUGCCACAAGGUCCUCCAGAGAUCUAUAGUGAUACACAGUUUCCAUCAUUGCAGUCCACUGCCAAGCAAGUAGAUACUAGAAAAUCAUAAACAAGUAUACAAUGUGAUCUGCACUAGAGGAAGCAAGUGUGCUUUAAGCAUAACUAGGGAGGAUAUGGAUUUUAUCUGCAGAAGCUCAGACUGAAAUUUUUAAAAACCAGUUUCUCGAUUUAUGCAGUGCUAUUUAGAGAGGUGGGAUGUGAGAUUGUUGUAUAAUUUGAUCUGGGCCCUUUCCUAAUAUCAAAUUACCUUCAAUGGGACUUGGUCCAUUGCAGAACUUCAGUUUUUUAAUUGAUACUGAGUAAAUGGUUCAAAUUUUAAUUAUAGGUGGUUUAUCAAUAUUAAACUUAAGCAGUAAAUUACAGUAUAUCUGUAUUUGUACCAUAAUAUAUACAAAGAUGGCAUUUGCCAAUUUUGUUUCAUAAUCUGUUACUGCAUUUGGGAUUAUUUGUGUUAAGAAUGACUUUUAGACAGUCCCUACACAAUUAAUGGAUUUUAUUUGAAUGUCAGUCUUCUUGUAACUGACUGCUUAUAAAUAAGUAUUCCAGGUCCAAGCUUUCAUGCGACUUAAGUUCAAUUAAAAAAAACAAGCAUGCAGAAAUAGUUAUGCAUUUAGCUUAUGCUUUGGAAUAGUUUCUGAAUGUUGCAUUUAGGACAUUACCAUAUUCAUAAUUAUUGACAUGUUGCAGUGUUAAUCUAUUUGGGAUGUUGGGAUACAUUUUUGUGCCUGCAAUCCAGUGAACUGCCUCACUAAUGCUAUCAAAAGUUUUGAAAAUAUAUAUGCUUGUAUAACAGAAUUUAUAUGCUUGUAUAACAGAACCGAGUUUGUCAUUUCAAAAUCAGUUUAUGAAAUGGCAUUGAGGUUUGUUCAGAGAAAUGUCAUCAGUGGCAUAUGCAAGCCCUUACCAUGCCUGCAAUAGUUCUUUGGAUUACCGUCUCCUUUGUUAGGACCCUAGUCAUGGAAUUUUGCAACUAAAUUAGUGUCAUUGAUUAGUAUUGCUAAAGGGCAAGUGUGUCUAAGACAGUUACUGAUUACAUUUAUUUUCCCUUAGGGAUAAAGAAAUGGAGAAGAGCUUUGAAGUAGUAAAACACAAAAAUAGAGGUAGGGAUGAGGUUUCAAAAUCCCAGGCAACUAAACUUCAGCUAGACAACCAAUAUGCUGUGCUUGGGGAUCAGUAAAGCUGCACACAUAUUACAAUUAAGGAAUGGUUAUUUGAUACCCUUCCAUUCUUAAGAUAACUAAACCACACCAAUUAUGAACAUGCCGUCUUGUUUCUGCUGGAUCUUCUACAACAAGUGCAGACUACUUUGACGUAAGUGAUUGCUUUUCUGCACUUUGAAAAUAUACUUAAUUUGGUACACCUUCUUUAUAUUAUGAGGGAAAUUAAUAUAAAUUGUUGAACAAGAGUUCCCGGUGUUUUGAUUCCUCUGCAGCCAGUGGUUAUUUCAAAUUUUUUUAUGUUCAGAUACUGAGCCUUCGUAAAGGUUGACUACCUCAGACUUGCUGCACUCAUUGUGGAUACCAUGUGGAUCACAACUUCUGGAAAAGGUUACAACUCUUUGGUGGCCAUCUGAAACUCGAAACCAGCUCUACUGGAUUCCUCUAAGAAAUCCUGCAGAAAUCAGCCAUCUGAGUUGAUAAUAUAAUAUAAUUUAAGUGACCUUAAAUGAGCAGUUUGUUCCGUGCCCCAUUUAUUAUAUCCUUUCACAUGUAGCCAUAAUUUACUAGGAACCUCUAAUGCACACAUUUUUUUUAAAAAAAAAAUGCAGCAUAGUGUUGAGUUUUUCUUUAGUUAUCAGAAAAUAAGUACAUAUCCAGAUAGAAAAUUUAUGGACAUUGGUCUGUAUAUUAACUGGUUUCAUUUGUAUAAAUUCUUCAUUUGAGAAAUAGCUCUCCAGGCUUGACAAAUUGCAAUAUAGCCAGGUAGUUGCAUGGAAUAUGCAACUAUAUAUACUUUACUGGAUAUCAAAGAGUUAGAUUUUCUUUGGAUAAAUGGUCAAUAAAUGUUUGCUCCUAUAAUAUCUGGGACAUAUUUCUGAGAAGUUGACGCUAAAUAUUUAGCCUUAGCAAUAUUAGGAAAUAUCAGCUAUUGCUCACGCAUACCAUUAUAUUUGCAGGAUGGAGAUACUUAUAUGUAUAGUGAAAAAUGUCCAUUGUACUUAUUUACUGUUUAAAAUUUGGAUAUAUUUUGAGAAUAAGAUGUUGCAUUUAUGGCAUUUUUUUCCUCCUGCUGCCCAAAGAGUAAUGGCAACUUCAGUUAAAACUGUUCCCUGGCCAGCUAUGUACUCAUUUAUUUGGAUACAUAUUAACAGUAUUUGAAUACUAAUUUAUGCUAUAUUUUGCUAUAUAACAUUGACAGUGAGUAGAAUUCAAACCAGCUCCCAAAGAGGUUCUUGCUCCCUGGGUUAAUUUUUUUUUACUUUGUUCUUCCAAUCUGAAUCUAAUGUGGCCACUCCUGAUAUGUCUUUCCAAAUGCCUGGCUGUUUUCUGGACUCUCAAGCCAGCAUUUAGACAAAUGUAUUACUUAUGAAGUAGCUAUGUACUUUAUAAAAAGAUGACUUUGCAAUUAAGGAGUGUUUAGAAUAUGAAAUCAUUGCUUUAAAUGAAGAACAGACUGCUUAGAAUAAUAUUUUAUUCCUAUUAAGAAUUGUGAGAUAUAUUCUUCUAAGUAGUUGUGUUUUAUACAGAUGCAGAACCAGUCCUCUACAUGCUUAGAUCACUGGAAGUAAAACAGCUGACAUCGUUGAGUUGCGUAUCUUUCCUGAAAGUUGUCUAUUUGCCAACAAAGCCUUUGCAGGGUAUUAAAGCUGAAGAACUAAGAUUAUGUGAAACGUACAAUUUUAAAUUCCAGCUUUGACAUUUAUUAAAAUUGUUACACAUGAAUCAAGUUUUAAUAUACUGUAUGAUAGGGUAGAUCAAAGCUGUCCUUUGUAUUCACUUGAGUUCUUGGGCAUAGUUGGUAUAGCAAGUUAAUAUUGUAACAUUAAUAAAUAUAGAAAUGUUCAUGACCUCUGCAGUCUAAUGAUUAUAUAUACAUGUUCUGAUGCCGUGCAUCACUUCAGUGUGGCAAAUACAUGAUCAUGGUGUUGGAACUUAAAGCUGCAGUCUUAUGCAUGUUACAAGAAAAAAGUUCUUCUGAGUUCAUUCAUAGAUAUGCAUUGAAUUGGCUGUUGCAAAGUAUUGGUGGCCCGUAAGUAACUUGAAAUGUGUGGUCAUCAUCUACCUCACUGUGUCACUGCUAGCAACACCACUAAUAUCAAGUGGCAAAAAAAAGUAGUUAAAAGGAAACAAUACUGCUAAAGUUGACAGCUUUUUGUAGUGAAGCUAAAACUUUUACAUCCCCAGAUACUUGUUAUUAGUGAAUAUGCUUUCAUUGAAAUAUUACACCAUUGAAUUAGUCAAAUCUUUCAAAAGAAAGUGGAGCUCUAGUAAACAAAGUGCAUAUUUUAUAUUAUAAAUUGUUCCUUGAGAUUCUUAAUUUUGGGAGGAGCUCAUACACAUGUGGAUGGUUUGACUUUAUGCACUCUGAAGUUCUGCAUUUUAUCUAUCCUAACAAAUGUCAUAUAUGCGAAUAUAAACUUCUGUUACACAACUGCUUUGUGAUCCGUGGGCAAAAAUAACUAUAAAGAAACAAACUGAGGUGA